AUUCCAACCACUAUUGGAUCAUACUUGUACAAUAUCAAGAUUGAUUCAAUUCGUUUUCUAUCAUAUAAUUUCCUCCUGCGCAAAAUCCAGUAUCCAGGAGGAUAACCAACAGCGUCACAAAAACGUUUGACAAAACAACACAGAAAGUUUAUUAGGAAAAUUCGGCCUAAAGAACGGCUUAGAAUCACAAAAUAAUGUGAGUGUUCAACAAAAAACUAGAAGAACUGAUCAAACUGAGUAAGACUGAAAAAUUAUUUCAACAUCAACGAUGAUUUCAAGCAAAAUAUAUUUUUAUAGAUAAGUGGUUGAGAAAAAUAUCAAGGUGGCUCCUUUCAGAUUUAAGCUUAGCAGAAUGUCGAAAUCGAAUUCUUCUACUAGAAGCAAUUCGGUGGAGACUCCUGCUGAUUGUGAAAACGAAUUGGAAAGUCCCAGAGCAAAUGUUUCUUCUAUAAUGGAAAACGUUGAUGGAGAAGAGCUUACCCCAGCUAGUCCUCCACCAUCUUAUGAAUACGUACUUGAGGAAACACGCCUGAAAGCCCAAAGGGAAUUACCUUCGCCGACUAACCCUACUAAGAGACCAGAAAUUAUGCAUAAGUCAAGUAAAGAGUUGUACAAAGCUGUAGCUAAACAAUUUGGAAUUACAUGUAAAAUGUCCGACCAGUGUAGGUGCUUCGACUGUCAAAGCCAUUAUUUCGACUGCGAAUAUGAAAAAAAUGAGCACGAAAAAACAGAUGGCGGUCUAGGAGCAGGAACUCCCAUGUUUAUUUCAGAAGUCAUGCAUGGAACCGCGUGCAGUAUACUGUAAUUUUUAUAAAAAUAGUAUUAUACGAAAUAUAUCAAGUAUAUUUUACGAGAGAAUUUAUAACAUCUAAAAAUGUAUCUAUAUAACGAAAUACGCACACUCAAACGUGCUACUAAUUUAAUUUCACAGAUUUUUUAAAUAUUCUAUUUAAGGUACUUCUUUUAUAUUACAAGAUAUGAUGAAAUCAGCUAAUGGAAAAUAUUAGAAUAUUCAGGCAAUGACCAGUCAUAACUUAAGAGACAAAAUUAGCAUAGGUAAACAAAUGUUUUAAUUUUGUAAAAUACUAUAAAUAUACUGAUAACACAAAUUUCAAUUUUUAAAUGAAGCAUUUUCUUCAUGAAAAUUCUUUUAAGAUGAAAUCUCAUUUUUCUAGACCAACAUAUUUCUUUUUUUUUUAUAUAGUAACUUCCAUAGAACGUUUGGAAUAAAAAUUUAACCACUUUGAAAUAAUUUAGGGCCCUUUUACACUGGACCAGCCCUGUGCGACAUUAAUAAGACAGUCGUAGCUUGUUACCGAACACGAUGGAUUCCAUGCAACAUUAUUGGUGCUUCAAAACCGUUUCUAAAUUAUGGUUUGUUUGUAUUUCUUUUGAAAAGUGGCGAUUUUGGCGAAAUCACAUCUAUAAAGUGAGUUAAGAUUACCAUGGGGCCAUGGGCCCAUGGGUAAUGAAAAAUAUUUAGACAUUUGAUUAUAAAAAAAGUGAAGUGUUGUGUGUAAAUCAAAUAGAUUGUGAUGUUUUACGUAGUCUUCCAGAAAAUACGGUUUAGUUGAAAAGAGUAUAAAAAAGAAAAUGAAGAACCUCAUAAGCGCAGAAAACAGAAUCGUCUCACCAAUAAAAAAGCGUUUUGGAUCUACCAAAAACAGUAAAACAAGGUUUGCCUAUGAAUAGUUGCAGUUUAUACUCAAUCUGAUUAAAUAUUGGUAGUUAGUGUCUCCUCUCUUUUAACAUAAUGUGUAAUUAAAUGUAGUAAAAAUUAAAAGUCUUCAUUUGAUAUUCUGGUAAAGUCUUAGUACUGAUAAAAUUGCUUGAUCAGCCGUAUUUUAUGGUAAUUAGACCAAAAACAUCCCUAAAAUAGCAGAAUGUUUUCAAAAUUAUCUAGGCACGAUGCUACGUCGGCGUAAAAUAGACUGCGGCAUGCUACAUCGACCGCAUGAUGUUGGCUUUUAUAGCAGGUAACAAGGAGACUCAUACCUCAAUUAGUGGCAUGCCGCAAAGUGUUGCCCCGGUGUAAAAGAGCCCUUAUAUUUCAGUAAAAUUAGGUAUUUCCAAUGCACUGACAAAUGUGAAUUGCAGUCGAGUGUUCCUUUUAACCUUGAAUAUUCAGGAGUUAAAUGUAGGGGUGUGUUAAGUGAAAAUAAAUUAGAAAAAUAUGUCUGUGUUGUAUAUUAGUAUCAGUCUAAUAAUUUUUUUGUAAAUAUUAAUUUUGUCCUUUUUAUUUAGUAUUUUGCUUGUUAACAUCUUAUUUGCAAAAUAUUUUUGAAAUAAUGUAGGGUUGUACUAAGUGAAAAUAAAAAAUUUUGUUCCUUGUAAUUACUUAUGCGCAGUAUAGUAUCAUUAAUAAGUAUUUGUUCACGUUACCAUGUAUCGUUUUUUAUAAAAUAUAUGGAUUAGAAAAA